AUAUGUUCGGAUAGCUUCGGAUAUCCAUUCGGGUUCGGGUAUUAUCCGUUCGGGUUCGGAUAUCCAAUCUCUCUUUAUUCAAUACCCGUUCGGGUAUUUUACUACUUCGGUUCGGAUUUCGGUUCGGAUUUUUCGGAUCGGGUUCGGGUGCCACUUCGGAUAUCGGGUAAAGUGCCCACCCCUACUAUGCUGCAAGAAAUCUUUUGAGACAAAAUGAAAAUGUAAGUUGGGCUCAACUCCAAAAGAUUUAAAAUUCACAUGCAAGGUUUAUGGAAUGAUAGAUAGUCUGUUAUCCCAUUUAUACUAGAAAAGAAAUCGCCAAACAAGCCAUUUCAGUUAAUAAGUAUAGUGGCUAUUCGUUAGAGAAGGUUAUGUAUAUCUAUUGGAUCCUUUUGACCAAAAAAAAAUCUAUUGGAUCCUAAUAUCAAAAGUCCACUGAAAUAUACUAAGUCUGCUGAGUUAGCUAGUUAUUAUUUCUACCAUAUUAAAAACUAACCCCACUCCAAUAGAUGUAAAAUGCAUUUUUACGUUGACAAAAACAAAUGAACAAACCAUACAAAAGUAAAAUCGAAGCAAAAAGCCAUUGUUGGUGUACUCACCUAAGCUCAAAGAAUUUUACAUAAUUCCAUUUUUGGUUUCCUCUAUAGUUAAAAAAACUUGGACAUCAUAAAUUUGUUUCUAAAGACAAAAGGUAUAAAACUUUUUAAUGGAAAAAAAAACUUUUUAUGGUUUGAUUCAAAGGCUAAGUCAUUUCAUGCCCCAUGCAGUCACUAGAGAGGCCACGCCUCUGGACCUUUUCACUUCCUCUUUUCCACCAAAAGCUGACUCUCUCCCUCUAUAUGCAUGGAUGUAUGUCCUCUUGAUGGAGUAUACUUUUUAUGGACCAUGCACUAAUUAAUGUUGACAUCCAAGUGUGUCUUGAACAAAAUUUUAGGAGUUGUGGUUGAACAUAACUGUGUAACAUGGUCACGGCUAAAUAGCAUGCUGAAAUAUGCAUACUGGCGAGAAUGGGAGCAUUCAAAGACGUUAACUGUCGAGGUGGAAGAGACGGUUAGUUUCCAUAUUUUACUAUUAAAUUGAAAACGUACUCACAUCAAAUUGUCGGGGAGCACAUGGUUCUUAUUAGAAGUACAAUUCGGUGAGAAACAACGUCUUGCAACGCACCACAAAGUCUGUAUGUUUUGCUGUAUGAUCUGGGGAAAUGAGCUUUUAACCGAAAACAUCAUCAUUUUCGGUGCAUGCCGAAUUCCCCUUAGCGUUUAUUUUUCGUAUUUUUAAUCACUGACUUAAAUAUUCGUAGUUUUUUCAUUUAUGAAUAAUUAAUCAUCAUUCUUGGGAUUAUUAAAACACUUCAUAUCUAAAUAAUUGAAAUUUGACAGGUCUAAUGCAAUCAUGCCUCGCACUCCACUCGUCUCAUUUUCUGGCUUUACUGAAAAUCCCAGCUUUUAUUUAACCCCAGAAUUACCAAACACAUGUUUAAAAGAAUAAAAGGGUAUAACUUCUUCAUCUAUUUUAAAGAGUAAAGACAACACAAGUAAGUAAAAAUAAAAACAAACUUACGUGAUAUGCUAAUUACAGUUUGACUCGGUCAACCCGUUGAAUAUUUUUCCUAUUUAGAAUAUUUGUAGAUGGUCACUACACAUCAUACAUGCCACCUUUUCUAUUCGUAAAGUACAGCAGUGAUUGCUAUAUCUUUUACUUAUAAGUUCAGGUAUAUACGGAUUUAAUUUUGAAUGUUCAAGCUGUAACAUUAUAACUUGUGUAGUAUUUUCAGUUUUUUUCUUUCAUUUACAAAAAAAUUACAAAUGCUGAAUUUUAACUAAAAUCAAAAAGAGUUAUAUUGUUUUGUAUAAAAUAGAAUAAGAGUAACUUAAUUAUUUAAGCUACAAUUUGUUUAUUUUCUGAUUUUUAAUCUGCAUAAAUAAAUAUAGAACUAGCGAAUUAGUGCGAUUAAAAAUUUACAGAUAUACACGUUAUGAUAUGCCAUUGAGAAAGAUGGUUUUGCAUCUGCUGAACCAUGUACGACACAGAGUUUGGCCUAAUAAUAAGAUUUUUUGGGGGACAGCCAAUUAAUAACAUAUAUAUAAGAAAUUCGUAGAUAUAAAUGGUAGCUGUCGAGUAAUGCAUGAGCAUAGAUAUGUAAUCUGUUGCAUAUACGUGUUAUAAGUUGUAUUCUGUGUCUCGCAUGAUGUGUUAGAUAAAAGGAUAUUAGUUUAUUUCACAUUUCAUCAAAAAAAAAAGGAUAUUAGUUUUUUUUUUGCUGAAAAAGGAUAUUAGUUUUUUUUUUUUUGACGUCAAACGGAAGGAUAUUAGUUGUAACGACAAGAUACAUUAAAGAAUAUACAACUAUGGUUCUUCUCGUGUAGUAUUUAUAUCUUAUGUACGUUGAAUAGGUAUGCGAAAUAUCUCAAAAAUUUGUUGGCUUGAUGACGUAUGUAUAUGCUGGUUUUAUUUAAUUUUAUUAUGUUAUUGUGGAUUAAGUCCUCCAUGCAGCUAGGUUGGACCGAUAAAAAUGAAACGAUAAUAUUUGCAUAUAUAAAAAUAAAUAUUUAACACAUUUAUGGUGAUUUAAUAGUAAUUUGAGGUUUCGUCGUGUGGAUGGAAGGCAUUGUUCAAUUCAUUAUAUUAGAUUUUAAUCAUAGUUUGUCCACACUUUUUAGGUUUACAAGUCUUUAAAUUCUGAUAAUUUUCUUCCAGUUUUUGUUUGUUUAACGCUACGUAUAUGUGGUGAAGAGAAAAAGAAAAUAUGUAUGUGUAUAAUAAUUAAUAACACCAAAAUAUAUGUUUUCUUUUUGAAAAAUAAAAAUUGCCUUCAAAAUAAAAAUAUAUGUACUGAGAUUGACCUUAUAAGAAGCUUUUUAUAUUAAUGUCCAUAACUUUCUAUAAUUGCAAGAUCGACCUCUCUCUCUCUCUUUCUUUCUUUCUCUCUGCAGCAAUUUAAUUUCAAAAGAUUCCAAACAAAGAGAAUUGAUAGAAAGUGAGAUUUGCAAAAUUUUAUUAUCUUCCUCCUCUAAUCCUCUCCUAUUAUUAAGGCGCAUAUACUCAUCCAUCUAUCUCUCUCUAACUAGCUUCAUGGCUGCUUCGACCAUUCAUUGACUUCUUGAUCUCUGGUCUCCAUCUAACAAGUAAGAAACCCUAAUUUAUUCUUCUCUCCUCCUUCUCCCCUCAUGUUGAGAUCAUCAGAAACGCUUCGUCUCCCUCAUCUCCUGCUGUCUUUGGCUAUUCCGGUCAUCAGAUUCUGCCAUGGUUCCUGAUGCUGAAUCCUCCACAACGCUUCUUCUUUCAUGUGGGUUUUCUAGUAGUUUCGCUUUUAUGAGGUUAUUACAAAGGGCUCAUCACUUCUCUGCCGUCUCUGAGGACGACGACAACGAAGACAUUCGCUUAGGAUCUGAUCAUCAAGUAAAAGAUAAACAUCACCAAGUUUGUAGGAGAGAUUGUAGUUUCAUGGCCGAUCAAGAAGAGCCGAGGAGUACAACUUCUAGGUUAAACUCCAAGGAAGACGACGACAACAACAAGAAUAAUACCAUCAACAAUGAAGCGGAAGAUCAUGAGAUGAGACAAGAAGGGUGGCUCCGGUUAAGCUCUGGCCACGAGGAUGAUGUUAAACUGAAUAUUGACCAUGUGCAACAACAUCAAACCGAUCCAGCGGAUAGGAGAGACUCUUUUCUAGAGCUUAAUCUUUUCUCUGGCGGUUCGAAUAGAGAAGAAGGAGUUGGUCUUACAUCAAUGUCAUCUCUCUUACAUCAUCAGCAUCAGCCAAGAGGGAUGAUGAUUAAUCCAUUGAUGUUCCCUACCAGGCCUGAUCAGGAGAUGAUUGGUUCUUGGGCGGCUGCCUUUAGAACGCCUUUUGUCCCACAAAACCUAGUGCAACCAUCAUCAUCAGCUGCUUCUUUGAUGCCCUUGCUAAGACCCUACUUUGGCCGCUCCAAUUUUCAGCAGCAGUUAAUAGGGAAUAAUAAUAAUAAUCCGGAUGUGUUGGCUGGUCCAAGCUCGAGUUUUCGAGUCAUUGAUCCUCCUAGACGACCCCAUUCCGGCGUUUGGUUCCUCCUUCAAGCUUCUCAAAACCAGACAAGAGAACCAUUCUUGCCUCAGAUCCCAAAGAGCUACUUGAGAAUCAAGGACGGGAAUAUGACUGUUCGACUAUUGAAAAAAUAUUUGGUGAAUAAGUUGCGAUUAGAGCACGAAUCCCAGGUAUUUUUUAUUAAUCUCAUCAACUCUUUAAUUUCUAGUAAGUAUUUCUUUAACUCUAGUGUUCUAGAUUCUAUGAACACAUUGCUUGCCGUAACUACAAUCGUCUAAGUUGUUUUCAAAAAGAAAAAAAAAUCUAAAACGUUACAUAACUACUUUUUUGAUAAAGGAAAUUUAUGUUACAUAAUUACUUUAUAAAGCAUAAAGAGGAUAUGAUAAUAGUACGACAAAACAUAAAACAUAUAGUAAAAGAAAAGAAGAAAUCGUGGAGAGGGUACAUUCAUGGGGGUUGGUGUACUGAGGAACAUGACAAUAACAUUGGAACUAGAUUGCCUCAAAAGUGUCUCCAUGUUAAUUAGGUCACAAGUAGAUGUCGUUGCUAGGUAUAAGCCGUUUUGUUCUUUCUUUGUUUUAUAUGCUUAUUAUCCAUAAAUUGAUUUUCAACCUUUUUGAGUUUGUCUUACUUGCUCCUUUUUAUAGUUUAGGGGUAAUUGAUUAACGGUCGGGCCACUAGUUAGUGCCUAGUGUGAUCAACUUAAUCGUCAUGAAGAUAAGUGCACCAACCUACUAAUUUAUACACAAAUAAUAGUUUAAUUUAGGAAACCGAUUCCUUUAUAAAAAUAUUUUGUGCUUGCGCUUUAAAAUGUUUUGAGUACAUUUUAAAACAGCAUACUUUGGAAACUAGAAACCCGAACUUCCAAAAACAAAACGUGUUUUCGGUAGGUAUAUAGUUGGAAAGAAAAAUUUAGCUCAUCCGUUCCCUAUACAUAUGCCUAUUCUAGAACCAAUUGUGAAACAUUUUCAAAACACUGUUUCCUUUGAAUUCUAGAAUAUUGUGGGGAUAAAUCACAUCUACAAAACUUUCAUAUGUAUAAAUCAUCAGUUUAUUGUUUUCGGAUAUAUAUAUGUAUUUAGCUAGUUUGAGAGAUUAUAAACCAAAAUAAUAAUCUCCAUAGCUAGCUUAGUUUGGGUUGGAAAUGAUCUUACUAAUAUUUUUAACUAGUUUGGAAAGAUACUGAUUAUGACUCGUUAGAAAGACCAUGUAGAUAUGCAUACAACAUACCAUCAUAUAAUUACAAGAACAUGACAUAUAUACAUAAAACUUUUACUAUAGCUAUAUCGCACGCUUCUUCUAGAGCUAGUUAUUAUCUCAAAUGAUGAAUACAAUAAAGUAAGUUCUUAUCAUAUACAGACUUUUUUUUAAAGAAAGCUUCAUAUACAGACUUAUUAAAAUCUUAUGAGUCGAAUUCGUGAAACAAAGGGUGGCGUUCCGUUUAUUUUUUUGGUGAAAAUAGAUUUCUAUCUCUAAAGUUACGUACGAUGCUAUUCGUGAUGGACCUAACUCACAUCCAAAAGCUAGCUCGAGAAUGGAGGUUUAUCCAUACACUUAUAUAGUGCAAAUUUUAAUCAUUGAUAUAUGUGCAUUUAUGCGCUCGAUAUCUCAUAAUACGCUAUAACUUUUAUGAUUCCUGAAUUAAUAAUUACAAUUUCUAUUGCCAACGAAUAAUUACACACGCAAAACUUGAAACUUCUUUUCUAGGCUAAGGGAUCAUUCAAUAAUUCAGUAACUAUAAUGUGCUUGAAAACGUCAUUAAUGGUGUGCUCAAACAAAAAAGAAGUACGAGAUGGGGGUAUGCAUAUCUUUGUUUUCUAAUACGCAUUAGUUAAGAUGUGUGACAUGUCCAUAUCUUGAUCAAUAAUAAAAAUUUCAUUGACAAGAUGUGUUUAUUUAUUGUCCGUUUCUCCUGAACUAUAUAAAAGGAAUUGAUAGCAUAGAAAAUCAGUUUGAGUUACAUAUUUUACAAAUAUUUUAUAGUAUUAAUUUUACAGUUUAUAAAAUUAGCUCAUACGGCACGUAUAAUUGUAAUUUAACCAUAAAAUAUCAUAUUAGUGCGUAUAUGAAUAAAUGCAAAAGGGAAUCAUCAGGCAACAUAUCAGUUCAGAUAGAGAUCUAAAGACUUUAUUUGAAAUUUAUUUAGGGAUUGAUUUGAAUAUUUUUAACCCGGAAAUAGGGUUACGUCCACACGGUCAUCAUGGUUUAUUCCUUUUUGGAUGAUCAUUAAUUUCUUUUGGGACAACAAGAUGAUCAUUAAUCAAAGUUGCAAUUAAAUGCAUUUCUUAUAUGUGUGCGCGCGUGUAUAUAUUUCUAUAAAUAUAAAAAUAAUAUAAUGAUGUGAAUGUGUGUAUAAUAGAUUUGAGUAGGCAAAGGUAUCAAGAGUGCAAAAUAAAUAUGAAUGUAAUGAUUAGCCAGCCAUAAUCUGACUUCGUGGAGGCAUUGUCUUCCAUUUUUGUCUCUCUCCCUCUUUUUAAGUUUCCUUUGACUUUUUAGACGUAAGAAAACAAAAAGCUUUAAAAGCAAAAAGUAUUUCAGAAAUUUCAAAUUUUCCUUUUGUCCCGGUGAUUUUUUUUUGUCAACUACUCAUCCUUCAUUCCACAAAAUAAAUAAAUAAAUCCAGAAAUGACAAUUCCUUAUAUUUGGUAAAAAUAUUAGUUAAACCGUGUUUCUCUCCUUUUCUGAAUAAUAAAAUAACUUGAAUAUUUAUUCCCAUUUGUUAUUUUAUAAAAAAAAUUAAUCGUAGUUCACUACAAAUAUAAAAAUGUCCUGAAAAAAUAUAGAUGGUAUUUAUUUUCAUGAUGAACCUUAGUUAAUAUUCCAUAUGUUUUAAAAUACUUGAUGUUUUAAAUGAAUGCACAAGAAUUAAAGUAACAUUAAAAAUAUAAAAUAAAACUAAUUCAGCCAAUCAUAAAAACAACUACUAUAAAACAUUAUUGGUGACAUAGUUUUCUGUAAAACUAAAAUUAAUAUAAAAAUAUCAAAACAUCAAGUAUUUUAAAAUAUUUUAAACUUUCCAAAACAUCAUCUAUUUUGAAACGAAGGAAAACACUUUCUUGGAUUAGAAACUUAGAAUGUUGGUUACGUUAUUUAUUUAUUUAUAUAUUUUGUAUAUAAACUAUGGUUCUACUCUUCUACCUUUGAUAUAGAAAAACAUCCCAAAACGAAAAAGCUUUUGAUGGUCAUUUAUUAUUAUAAAAUGUUUUAUUUCUUUCCUUGUUUUGUUUAUUAUUCUAAAAUGGUAUAGCAGAAGAUGCCUAUAAAUAUGACUUAAAAAUAUUUCACAGAUUAAACGCAUUUGUUCGUUCUACCACAUACAGUAAACCGUCAUGCUUAUGUUAGAAGUGGCUCAUCAACACAAACAGUAUAUUUCUCUCGCCUUGGUUUAGCUAACUAGUGUCUCGUGUAGGACCAUUUCUUUACAAAACCCCUAAUGAAUUUGGUGCUUGAAAAGCCUUUUCCAUAUCAAUCAUAUUCAUAUCCUCUUUAAGUGCUGCACUUUCUUAAUUAUUUCCUUAUCAUCCAUCCACUGCAGCCUAUCUAAAUGUUAGAUGUUUUCCUUUUGUUUCGAAUCAACACGUGUCUUUAUCAGCAAGACUUUGUUUAAUUAAAUUCUCCACUAUAUUUUUUUCUUCAAUUCAUUGGUAUUGAUCCGGCUACUUGUAAACUAAGAGCUGGAUGUAAUGAACCUCUAAAUGUUCGUAGGCUGAUGUUUGGUCCAUGAAUGCAUCACUCCAUGCUUAUUGAGAAUUUGCAUUUUGUGGGAAAACUACUUGCACAAUUUAUAUAUUUGUCAGCAUACCGUAGAAAUGUUUUUACAGUACUUUAUGUUCUUGAAUGAAUGUAUUACUAAUUAAUGGGUCAACCAUAAAUUUAUGAUAAUCUAUCUUUAAGUAUGAAAAAACUUAUAACGCUGACCUUCGUCGUAUGUAGUCCAAGAUCUGUCGGCCUAGGAUAGGAUCAGUAAACUAUUCACUUUCUCACGACUAGUUAACUAUUUUGAAAUUUACACAAUUUUCCCGACUGGUUUUACACCUCACAAAAAUCAUGUUUUUCUCACAUCACUUUUUUUUUUUUUCUCACAUCACUUUCAUUUGUACUUCCAUUUUAUAACCACAUUUCUCCCGUUAUAUAUAUAUAUAUUUUUAAAAAGCACAUCAUCUUUGUGUUGUUUUUUUUUUGACUGAACAUAUCAUCAUAGUUGUAUAGUGAUAAAAUCAAUUCCGUUAAAUUUAUUAAUAUUUUUACAACUAAGCACUUUAAUUUCCUUCAAGAAACUUAAUAUGCAUCAUAAAAUAUAAAGCACGUCUCGAAAAAGUCAAUUCGAACGUCCAAAAUCUGGGUACCAUACGUUGUUAAAUAUAUAGAGGCCAAGGUAUAUUCGUACGCUAGUAAAUGUUUUUAAGCUGCAAGUUGGCAUGCAACUUAUAUAUAGGCAUAUAUUGAUGAUAAAUACAUAUUUUACGUCGGGAAAAAGUAAUGCAUGAAGUCGCCCUCAACAACAGAAUCAUUGUUGCUCAAAGAAAUUGCAUUUUAAAAAGAAACACUAAAGGGCAGAUAAGAAGCCAUGAACAUGAUCUCCUUUAAGUUUUUUUUUUUUAAUGAUCUCCUUUAAGUUAGUGAUGCGAUGCAUGCAAAACAUUUAAAUAUAUAUGCAUAUCCGACUACGACUUUCAUGGUCCCUAUUUUAUAUUCAAUUUAAAAUUACGUUAUUAUUUAUGUAUGUAGGUCCUUUAAUAACAAAAUAUAAAUAUUAAGAUGUUGAUAUGUGAGAUAGAACACCACUUUUUUUUUGUGCACAGAACACCACUUUCAUAUGCUAGUUGUUGUAUAAUGCUAAACAAAGAAUAUGGCAAAUUUAUAGCAAUCGUAGACACUGUUGCAUUUGGUAUUUUUAGGUAUCUAAUUGAACGUAUCUAACUAACAGCAUCAACCACUUUAUAAUGGUAUAUCUUCACACUAAGAAAAAUAAACACAAAGUUUGUGACUUAAUAUGAUUUGUGGAUCGUAAACCUUAGUCAUCAAAACGUAAGGAGAAGACGUGCACGAGAUAAUGGUAAAGUUUUCAUGGGUUAGUUUAUACUCUCUCCGUUUCAUUUUAAUUGUUGUUCUAGGUUUAUGCACAAAGAUUAAGAAAACAUAUGACUUUGUGUAUUUCCAAAACAAAAACACAAGUAUCUAUACAUCUAACCAUAUUUCAACUAAUAGAAAAAUAAAUUAAGGAAUCUUAUUAAUAAAUUUGCAUUGAAACUCUAAAACAACAUUUAUUUUGAAACGAAAUUUUUUCCCUACAACAACAAAUAAAUCGAAACGGAAGAAGUAUUUUCUCGGCACAAUAUCCUUUUAUACUAUAACAU